ACAGUCGCCCCUUUGGCAGUGCUCACACGACCGUGUCGUUACACCAGUUCUUUGCCUCCUACCUUUAUCUCCUAGACAUGCAUUACUUCUCGCAGAUAUUCAACUACGACCACCCAUGGUCGAAAGUCGUGAUUGGGAUGUGGCAUAAAUACCCCAAUCCUCACUGCUCACAUGUCGUUACUGUCGAUGUCGUCGACCGCUCGGUAGAUCCAAAGACUGGCAUCAUACGAACGGAGCGGAUUCUUGGGUGUAAGCAGAAGGCGCCCAUGUGGGUCGUCAAGCUUUUCGGCGGGUCAGAGGACGCUUUCGUCCGAGAAGUGUCCUUCGUCGACCCUACAACCCAGAGCGCUACGAUGACAUCCGUCAACCUUUCACUGUCACAGUUCGCGACCUGCUACGAGCACGUGCAGUACUCCCCUGCCCCUGGCAAUCGAACAACGUUCACUCAGACGGCAGAGAUCCAGGCGCGCGUGGCUUUAUGGCGGAGUGUCUCUGACAAACUAGAAAACUGGCUUGUGCAGCGGUUCGAGCAGAAUGCGCAACUUGGCAAGCUGGCCUUCUCAGAUGUGUUGCGGAGUCUAUGGGAUUCGCAGGAUAAGCAGUCGGCUGGACCAUAGAGCUUUCCUCGGCUACGCUCUCUCUCUUUUCUCAGGGGCUUGGUGUGCGAGGGAAUCGGUGCUAGACGACUAGAUCACUCAUUUGCUACAUUACCCAAAAGCGUCUUGGACGCGCCUGCAUCCCAUUAUACUUACGACUCGUAACGAUAUCGCAUCUGUAUACUCUGUACAUCGUCAUUAAUGUUCACGACUCAAGAAAGAAUUGAAGUCGCUUUCGUAGGGACGAGUCUUAGGCAAGUCCGAC